AUUAAACGCAGUCCCGCUGUAGCUGUAGGUGAAGCAGCCUCUCUCUCUCUCUCUCUUCAUACAGAAGCAGGUGUCCAACAUGGCGAACGCUGGCUGCGGCUCUCUGGCGACUAUUCUCUUUUUAUUCAUCUUUCAAGCGGCUCUUCAUAAAGGCGCUGCACAGUACCCAGUGGUGAGUCAGAACCUGGUGACAGACAACGUGUCAGUAGUGGAGGGCGACAUGGCGAUCAUCAGCUGUCGGGUGAAGAACAACGACGACUCUGUGAUACAGCUGCUCAACCCCAACAGGCAGACGAUUUACUUCCGAGACCUGAGGCCUUUGAAAGACGGUCGCUUUCAGCUGGUGAACUUCUCAGACAAUGAGCUGCGGGUGUCACUGUCUAAUGUCUCGCUGUCAGACGAGGGUCGAUAUGUUUGCCAGCUCUACACGGAUCCCCCGCAGGAGGCCUACGCUGACAUCACUGUGCUAAUUCCUCCAGGAAACCCCAUCAUCGAGGCCCGGGAUGAGGUCCUGAGUGAAGGCAACGAGACAGAGAUGACCUGCACUGCCAUGAGCAGUAAACCCGCCGCCACCAUCAGAUGGAUGAAGGGAGAUAAAGAGCUUCCAGGCAAGCCCAAAGUUGAGCUGACCUACGACAAGAUGUACACAGUUACCAGUCGACUUACAUUCACCGUGAGCAAGGAGGACGACGGUGUACCUGUUCUUUGCAUCGUAGACCAUCCUGCAGUCAAGGACUUCCAGGCACAGAAGUACCUGGAGGUGCAGUACAAACCCGAAGUCAAGAUCAUGGUGGAAUUUCCUCAGGGUUUGACCAGGGAAGGAGAGAAUUUGGAACUUACAUGUCAGGCCAAAGGCAAACCCCAGCCACAGCGAGUGAACUGGGUGAAGGUGGACGAUGACGUGCCACCUCAUGCUGUCAUCACCGGCGGUGAUCUUUACAUUGAAAAUCUAAACAAGUCCUACAAUGGUACCUACCGCUGUGUGGCAUCCAAUUCAGUGGGAGAGUCUUACGAUGACUACAUCCUCUAUGUCUAUGAUGCUCCCACCACCACCACCCUUAAACCCACUACAGCCACCACCACCACCACCACCAUCAUCACCACCACUAUCUCCUACCCUGAAGGAAACCAAGACCCUGCGCCCAGCACUGAACCUGCAGCUCAUGGUGCCACGGAGGAGUAAAACCAGCUCUGAGGCCGGAGCUGAUAAUAUCGACAGCGUGAAAUGAUUUUGCGUAGAGGCAAAAAUAGACUUAAUUUACUCACUGACAUUAAUUUAAAUGACGAUGAUAUGCAUCAUUUUCUCAUUUUUUUUUCCUGAUUUGCAUCCGAUAUAUUAUGACUGGGGAAAAAAAUUAUAAUUCAAGAACAUACACACAUAUUCAUUUUCCAUUUCACUUACCUGUUUAACAGACUCAGUCAAGGUCAAAGUGAAGUCCAAACUUUUGUCUUUGGGAAACCAACUGGAGGAGUUUGAAAGACCCAAAACAGAGGUCCAUUCAUGACGCUAAAGACUGCAUAUAGAUCCAAAUGUUGCUGCGUUUCAUUACAUUUAUUUAAUGCCUAACAGGAACCAUUGGUGAUGUGAAAUAUCUUUACAACUCCAAGUUUCUCAGCUUUACAUCACUUAAACCUGGAGUAAGGAGAAGUAUAGCAUUAACAACUUUAAAAACUAUUUGUGGUUAUUUAAAAGAAAACACUUGGGUGAAUUGACUGAUCGAUGGAAUGAUUGAGUGAACGAAUGCAUGAAUGGUUAGCUUUAGUAAAUGUAUCCAUUGGUUGGUUUAGUAAAAGGAUCAAUAUGAUGCUGGUGUAGCAUCAGGCGGCUAACGUUUCCACACAGCUGCAGCAGUAUUCAGCCUUUCUCUGUGUAAGUGAUUUUGGCAGCUCCCAUUGCCCCCCCACCCACAGAGGCUUUAUUCUUCUUUUUUUCUGAGUUGCGCUCAUGAGUUUUUGAAUGGUUGCCGCAGAUGUUGUGUUCCGGCACAUAAUUAUUUUUUAAAUGCUACUAAUUAACUGCAGUGAUGCAUCAUGAAUAUUUUAUUUUUAUUUACUGGAAAAUUCACUGGUGAAGAUUUGAAUUAAGUACAGUGAACUGCGGCAGUGCAGAACAAAACUGCAGACAAAAACGAAGAAAAAAAUUGGACAUCGCCACCUGUUGGCAAAGCAGAAUUUCAAUGUGAAACCUGAAAUGAAAAAGAAAUUAUAGUUGUUUCAUAACCAAAUAUUUGUAGAAGUUUCUUUGCGACCAUUGAACCAUUGAAGGGUUCCCUGUUGGUCACACACAGUAUUUACUGUUCCAUGAUUUGUGAUUUAUCAUCUUCUCCAUCUAUGCUAAUCUUUUCUUCACAACUGGAAAAUCAUUUACCAAGUCAAAGUCACAUUCAAUUGAAUAGGAAACUAAAACUAAAGGGCGUUAAAUUGAAUCAGGAGAUAAAUCUUUCAAAAAAGUUUCCAUUUACACUGGGCUCCACAGCUCUCUCUUCAAUACUAUACUAUACAAACAAACUGCUAAAGCUUUUGAAGAUUUUUUAUAUGAAACCAGUGAAUAGUGUUGAUGUAAGACAGACUCGAAUGAAGGUUUGGCCAGGAUACCGAAAUCCAGUGUUUUCCUAGGACAGUAAAGGUAUCGCUGGCAUCGCUUUCAUUUAAAUUUGUUAAGCUAAUGUGAACUAGCCAAUUAGAGUUGGUUUACAAAAAAUACUAUAUAUAUAUAUAUAUACUGUAUAUCUAUGGCCGUUUGGUGCCAUCAAACAUCAUCUUGAUUCUAGUGUUAUUGAUUCACCAUCUGGAAAUUUAAAGUUUUUUUGUUUUUUUUUUACUUAUGUUCAGUGCCAAUGUUAAAAGUGUCCUAAUUUGGCAGAGGUACAGUUAAAUAUAAUUCAGUUUUUUUCUGUUUUUGCUAAAUUACCCCACACCAAUUUUGUCCAGCUGUUCGAUACAUCGGCUCAGAAGAGCUCCGAAACUGCAGACUUACUUUACAUUAGCAUCCCCCAAUUUUUUUCUUCCACUUUAUUGUUCAUGGAAGCUGAGAAAACCUGGCAACAUGAGAGAGGUCGCCCGUAGUGUUGAACCCACAGAGAGUAACCACUCAUAUCUGCAGCUGUCUCGGGCUUUUAUGGCGCUUGAUAGUGAAGUUUCAGCUCAUUGUUCUGCUGUCAGGGCCUCGAUUUAACUGUUUUGGUUCACGCUCACUGCUGUCACAGCAGAACCGUCGACUGCAGCAGACAGCUGUUUUCUGAGGAGGCUCUAAAAACCAUCUGUGCGCUCCCUGCUCAGCAGAAAACCUCAGAGAGAAACUGUCACACACUAUUGCUAGAGAGCAUAGUGGGUCCUCAAGUAGAUCCAAAGACAAAUAUUUUUUAAGGCCUUGGUAUUAGCAAUGGAAAAACUUGGAUAUACAGUACGAUGGUCAUGACCAAGCAUUUAUUUCGUUUAGUUAUUUUGUUUAUUUACUAAGUCUUGUGGCGGACAUGCUACACUGUGGAAGCACAAAAACAUUUUUUUAAAUAACUCAUUCCCUUACCAAAUAAUUCAGAUACAAAGAAAUAUUCCUGCUCCUAAUCCUUGUCAUAAUUCUAAUCUAAAGCCAACUCUAAACAUAACUCCAAGCUGAAUCAUGAAAUCUACGCACAAGGACAGAGUGAGGAAUGAGGUUCUGCCUAGAACCAGAUUUUUGUUUCCAUAGGGACAACAGGUCUAAGGCUGACUAGUAAAUUAGUAGAUAUUACAAGGGCACACACACUCACACACAUUAUAAGAAAUAAGAGUACACACACACACACAUAUAUAGUACACAGACCGUUUGUAAAUCCUAACCAGAACUGUGUCCUUUACACCAGUGUUACCAGUCAAUGACUCUCACUGAAAUUCUCCUAAACCCAACACACAUCUUAAUCCUAACUUUAACCAGAGGCUGAGACAUUUGUGUUCUGCCUCAUUAGAAGCAGAUUUUGGCCUUGACAGGUCUUAGCCAACUAACACACACACAUACACACACAUACACACACACACAGUGCUAAGGAGAGAUCUUAUUAGCCAGUCACCCGUGCAGGAGUCCAGGCUGAAUAGUAAAUAAAAGACAUUGAUUAGAUAAAUAGUGAAUCACUGUGUAAUGAGUUGGAUUUCAGGCCCAGAUUCAAUGAAUAUCGACACCAGUGAGUCAGUGACUGGCAACACAAUGAUCAAAAAACCCAGACUGAGUCUUUUCCCCCCGGUGAUGCAGACGAGAAGUUAUUACACUGAAGAAUCCAUUGAGCAGAGUGAAAACAGACUGUAACAGUACAUGCUCUUAAAGCUGUUUAAUUUAACACGUCUGUCAUAAUUCACAGAGCCAUGGUGAUGCCAUGGAAACACAGCAGCACACACCACCGCUGCCGCUCAUGAUGAUAAUAAUAAUAACAUCUAAGUUGGUUUAAAUCAAGUUAAUAGGUUGCAUUUACAAUUAUCAGUGUUACGGAGGCACUUCUAAUCAGAACUAAUCAGGAAUUGCUGCGACCUUGUGUGAGAGGAGAGCGGGGGGGUAGACGGGGGGCAGCCACUUAUUAUAGGGUUUAAUGUGUAGAUGUGUCUUUGCGUGGAUAAAAAAAAUAGGCAAAUAUAGGAGUUGUUUGAAAUUGUAUUUAAAAAGUUACCACAUGCUCCACAAUUUAAAGAAAAUCUCCUCCUGUUUUUUUCAGUAAUCUAGUAGUCCGUAAUCCUCCUGUUUAAAAUGCUCCAAAUAAGGAAGAUAAAGCUGUUUAAUUUUGCCAUAAUUUACUCCAGGUAGCAAAUGCUUCACAAAAAUUCUUUCAAACCAGACUUGGUUCUUGGGCCAUUGGUAAAGAUUCUAAAAUCAGCCACACGGGAGGACUAGCUGAAACCCCUUGUCCAUAGAAGGACAGGAAUCUGGACAGGACAACACAAAAUGACUAGGGCAGGUUUUGCAACACUCUUAACACUGUUAAGAAGCCCAAAACUCUGACAACUGCACCACAGUGCGCCCCCUUUGUUAAGUUUCAACACUGCUGGUGUCUUUGUAUUUGAGUUCAGGAGUUUUUACCCCGACCUACAGGUUUACAUAGAUUCAAAUAAAAAGUUAGAGACUCACCUUGUUAACUCUACACAUAAAACCACACAACCUAUAACAGAGACCAUUGAGAACCUCAGUGUUGAAGGAACUCUACUGAUGAAAUAAAAAAGCUGCAGCUUCAGGGAGUGGGGCGGGGGGGCAAUAUUCCAUUAACGUAAAAAUGUAAUCAAUAUGUUGCAUGUGCAGCUUAUAAAUCCAUCACUAGGUUUAGAAAUGUCGUUCAUUACUGCUGAGGAAAAAAGGGAGCAUUUCAUGGUUUGUCGACUGUUACAAAUAAUCAAUUGCCUGCUAUUUUUCACUGAAAAACCCAAUUUCACAUCAGUUUGAGUCUUAUGGAAUAAAUGAAUGCUAAUUACGCAGAAGUUUUUGAGGCAACACCUGCACCUUUCACUAAUGUAUAUUCACCAAAUAGAGCAUGAAUAUUAAUGAGGCCUCAUCUCCAUCAAUCCACCGUGUAAAUCCAUUCAUCUGGUUUUAGCACAUCACCAUUUGCCCUUUUCAAAUAUUUUAUGAGGGGGAAAAACUGUAGGUGAAUAUUAAUUUCUUUCUUUCUCUCUUUGACGAUUUCAGCGCCAUUUAAAUGGUCACACACUUGGUCUGACACUAAUUGUUUUUUCACUUACUUUAUGAAGAAGAGAACUUAGGUAAACCAAGGUGAAACUUCUUGAUUGACACCAAAAUGGUCAGUGGACAAUGUUCUCUUGCUAAUGCAAAAGCAGUGUUUUGUUCAAUUUGUAAAAAGAAACAUUGGUUGUUUUGUUUUUUUUUUUUUUGAAAAUUUAGAGAAAGAAUAUAAGCUCUGAUUUCCAAAAGUGAGGGAUUGUUGGACUGUAGGAAGAACUCUGGAGUGGCAGUAAAGUACUUGAAGAUGAUAAACGGUAGUAGCAGUUGUAAAUCUGUCGUCAAAGAUUAGCUAUUGAUCAUUAUUUGUCUUUUUCAAAUAUCUUAUAUGAAGGAAAAACUGAAGGUGAAUAUUACCAGUUUAACAACAAGUGACAUUAGUGUUUUUUUAUAUAGUACAGUACAGUAUGUAGAAGUCAAAAAAGAAGCUCCUUUUAGUCUUUUGAGAUUCUGUACCGAGUGCCUCAAGAAUAUGUGUCAGAAAAGGCAGAAAAGUACUUGAUGGUGCAGUAGAACAUGGGUGAGAAAUAUAUAUGCAGCUUAUAUGUUAGAUAACACAGACAAGCAAGUCAGUUAAUGUUCUAAUAAAAACCAGAGUGCAGUUUGUAUUUAACUAUUAUGAUUAUGGUAUCAAUAUUGAAACAAACAAAUAGAUAAGGCGUAGGUGCCAAACCAGGUUCAAAUCUACGAUAAAAGCACCAGCUUUGACCAUUGACUCUUGAAUGUUGUUACCAUAGCAAUGCCCUGUUUGUCAGGACUUAAAGAGUGAAAAAAAGGGAAUGAAACAAAACUUUACCAACCGCCAAAAAUCUCAAUUUCCCUCUAAAAUAGAGCAGGUAGGCGAGAGGAGACUGCAGGGAGUGAAUUAAAGAUGCAGCGGAGAAAAUAAGAGGCUCUCCAAGAUGAACUGCCAGUAGAACAUGUCGUCUGGGUCUUAUUAUUACCAAAGCCUAAAAUGAUAGAGUCCAAGAAAUUGCAAAGUUUCCAGACAAAAUUACUGAUUUCAUUACGCACAUGGGUAAACACCACUGUCCUUCUGGCUCUUGUAGGCUCUCGUAAAAAAAAGUCAUUUCAGGUCGGGAGAGAGUUUGGGGCGUCAAAGACAAAAAAAAAAAAAAGAAAUAUAAAAUAAAAAACAGACAGAACUGCAGUUCAGUAACAGUUGAGUUGACUGAUUGUUUGGAUUUAAUGUAUUUCAUUUUACUCAACAAAAAUAUGUGCAGAAAAUGUGUUAAAUGCAGCAACUCCCUUUUGUAGAAAGGAUUAUUGUUGAGCCUCCCUGAGUUAACACAUUCAUAGCUUUAGUUUCAAACUCUACUAAAUUUUAAAACUGAAUAACUGAUCAGAAUAAAACAAGUUCUUUUUUUGUUUGUUUUUAAACUGCAAGAAAAAUACAAAUGUCAGUGACUGUUUCCCACUGUGGGACAAAUUGAAAUUGAAAUGAAUUUGCCUUUCUGUGCCUCCCACUGUUAUAGCUCCUCACUAGUUUGUGAGUGGCUUCAACUAGUUAUUAUUGUAUGUAAAUAUAUAUUUUUUGCACAACUUGAUCACCAUUUAAUGUUAAUUUAUUUUGGCUAAAUUUUACCUUUUUUUAUGCCACAUGUUUGUAUUAUAACCAUGUUUAUGGCUAACACCUUGAUUCAAUUCUUCCCUAGUUUGACCUUGACGCCUUGACGUCGUCAACUCCACCUUAAACAAUACGCAUAUUUGAUAAUAAACUAAAAUAUUAUCAUGUUCCAUUAAAGCUAAGUCAAAUGUCACGAUCGAGACUAAAAAAGAUCUACGGAACAUUCAUCAGUAAACGAACUGGACUUGUGGUCCAUUAGCGCAGCCUUACAUUUUCGACUUUAACGUUUAUCCCAUACUCACCCUGUGAUCCGACUCCAUCAAGCUGGGGUUAAUCCCAGGUUUAACUGAGGCCAAAACCACCUCAUUAUCUUCAAACCAAACAGAAUCUUUUGAAGGCACACAAUCAUCAAACUCACGCCGUGGCCGUCAGACUCCAGCUGCUGUGUUUCUUUAACCUCCCCACAUGUGAAGUCAGCAGUGCCACCUGCUCCUUUGAUAGUCAGUCAACCCAAAAAUCGUGGACACUUUUGCUUUUAAUUCGGAGCAAAAAGACCAAACGUCAAAGAGAGAGAAAAAAAACUUCUCAAAUGAGGGAAAAAAA